UAGAAUAACAAUGUUUGGAUGAAGCACAUAAAAUCUAUAGUUCCAUGAUAAAUUAUAUGCUAAAUAUGUGGUUUAAUGAUUUAUAAAUUUAAAAUAUGUAGGUUUUAGAUGAAACACAUAAAAUAUGUGGUUUAAUAAUUUGAUCAAAAUAUCUGUAGUUCACGGAAUUUAAAUUGACCAAUACUAACAUCUAAGAAAUGAGUUUCCCAUCUUCAAUUUGCAGCUAUGUGAGCAGUCCCCGCCUACUAUACGAGCCUACCCAGUGCCCCUCAAUCAGCUGGUCGGCUGGUCGCACACACCACGUUCCUUCUCCCACCUCCGCCAUGCCUUCCCGCCUUCUCCAGCAACUGCCGCCUCCGCCGCCGCCUCCUCCCCUCAACCGCCGCCACCAUCACCUCCUCCUCGCCGCCUCCGCCGCCGCCGCCACAGCCACAGCGCUGCUGCUGCUCCUGCUCCUGCUGCUCGUCGCGCUCUACCUCCGGAGCCGCCGCGCCCGCCGCCGCAGCCCCACGCUGCCGUUCUCGCCGCCGCCGGCCCCCGCGCGCCCGCUCCGCCGCUACUCCCGCCGCGCGCUCCGCCGCGCCACCGGCGGGUUCCACCCGUCCCGCCUCCUCGGGCGCGGCGCCGCCUCCCCGGUGUACCUCGCCACCUUCCCCGACGCGUCGCUCGCCGCCGUGAAGACGUGCUCGUCCCCGCACGAGCUGCACCUCCUCGCGUCGCUGCCCGAGUCGCCGCGGCUCGUCUCCCUGCUCGGGUACUCCGGCCCCGGCGGCGGCGCUGACGACCGCCCGCUCCUCCUCGUCUUCGAAUACCUGCCGCACGGCUCGCUCCAGGCCGCGCUGUUCGGCGACGCCCGCGACGGGAGGUUCCUCGACUGGCCCCGGCGGCUCGCCGUCAUCCGCGACGUGGCGCGCGCGCUCGCGUUCCUCCACGCCGAAUGCCAGCCGCCGGUCGUGCACGGCGACCUCAAGCCCAGCAACGUGCUCCUCGAUGCCGACUUCCGCGCCAAGCUCGCCGACUUCGGCCUCGCGCGCUUCAAGACCCCCGACGCCAUCGCCGCCUCCGGCGCUGGCGCGGAUGACUUCAUGAGCCAAGAACUCGGCGAGGCCGGGGAACUCUUCUCCACCGCCUGUGCCGCCGCCGCCGGCGGCGGCGUCAAGGCGGACGCGAAGGACGAGUCCGGCCCGGCCGCCGCGUGGGGGAAGGAGUGGUGGUGGAAGCAGGACGGCAGCGGCGAGCUCGACUCCCGGGACUACGUCGCCGAGUGGAUCGGCAGCCAAAUCUGUCCGGCGAGAAACCCGGACUGGGCCGACGACAACGACGGCGACGCCAACGAUAACAACAAGAACUCACCCUCCGGCACGGACGAGCACGCCGUGGCAGCCUCGCCGGAGGACAAGAAGGACGCCGACUGCAACGGCAAUGCUGGCGGCGGCGGCGACAAGAAACCAGAGGCGACCAAGAUGAGGGAGUGGUGGAAGGAGGAGUUCUUCGAGGAGAUGAGCAAGAAGGGCGGCAGCUUCGACAAGCGUCGCGGCGGCGGCGGUGGCGGGGGCGGGAAGCCGUGGCUCCGGUCGAUCAGCAUGAACACCGGCAACGGCAAUGCCAACGGCGACGGCGGCAACAACAUCGAGGCGACGAGCGGCCUGGACAUCAGCAGCUUCAGGAGGAACCGGAAGCGGAGCCGGCGGCGUGGGCGGUCCGUGGGCAGCGGCGACAUGCACAGCGGCGACUUCCUCAGCCGGGAGCUGAGCACGACGACGAGCAUGCGCGGCACGGUGUGCUACGUGGCGCCGGAGUGCGGCGGCGGGCCGUGCGAGCACGGCGCCGAGCUGCUCGAGAAGGCCGACAUCUACAGCUUCGGCGUGCUCGCCCUGGUCAUCCUGUCCGGCAGGCGGCCGCUGCACAUCCUCUCGUCGCCGAUGAAGCUGGAGAAGGCCAACCUGGUGAGCUGGUGCCGGCAGCUCGCGCGCGCCGGCAACGUGCUCGAGCUAAUGGACGAGAGGCUGGACGGCGGCUACGACAAGGACCAGGCCACGCUCUGCGUGCAGCUCGCGCUGCUCUGCCUGCAGCGGCAGCCGGAGCAACGGCCGGACAGCACGGACAUCGUCAAGAUCCUCGCCGGCGAGAUGGACCUGCCGCCGCCGCCGGUGGACUACUCGCCGUCGCCGCGCGUCCGGCCGUUCCCGCGGUCGUCGCGUCGCGCGCAGCCGCCCGAUGCCACCGAGUGAUUGGUAACUCUGCUCACUUAAAAAAUUUGAUCCUUGGGGAUCAAUCUACAAGUUGCCAUGCCCUGUGUUCUUGCAGGAGAUUUAACAAAAUUUGUCGAAUUUUGCUAAUCUACUAGUAUUGUUUUUUUGUACAUAGCAAUAGCAGCAAUUCGUCUUCCCCUAAUUGAGCAAUGGAUUCUUUGGAUGUCAAUUCUAACAAUUGAUCUUGCAUCUUGCAAAAACUUAGCAAUAGAUUUUUAGGAUUUAGUUUCUGAUUUCUUUGUCAGUUUCAACAUAUUUAGCAGAACAGUACUAGUAUUUUUGUUGAUUGUUAUGUUUGUACAUGGGAGAUCCAAAUCCAUCUUAUCAUGGAAUUCUUUGCCUGUCAAUUUCUUGAUGUAUCUUGUUUGCAAGGAUCACUAAACAUUUUUGUGUGAUUUAAUUGAUUUUUCUCUCGUAAUUUCUUCA